UGCGUCGUCACAGUGCUACUUUUCUCCACCGGGGCCAAAACGAAAACAGCGUUUCAACAUGGCGUCGCAGUAUUACCAGCAGAUGCAGGAGAGCUUUCAGAAUAACAACAAGAGCCGCGAAUUCCCCGCUCACUCCGCCAAAGUCCACUCGGUGGCCUGGAGCUGCGACGGCCGCAGACUUGCUUCUGGUUCUUUUGACAAAACAGCCAGUGUUUUCAUUCUGGAAAAGGACCGACUGGUUAAAGAGAACAACUACAGAGGUCACGGGGACAGCGUAGAUCAACUCUGUUGGCAUCCGACAAACCCAGACCUGUUCGUCACUGCAUCAGGAGAUAAGACCAUCCGCAUAUGGGAUGUACGAACCACCAAAUGUAUCGCAACUGUCAACACAAAAGGAGAAAACAUCAACAUCUGUUGGAGUCCAGACGGUCAGACUAUCGCCGUUGGUAACAAAGAUGAUGUAGUCACCUUCAUUGACGCCAAGACUCACCGGUCUAAGGCUGAGGAGCAGUUCAAGUUCGAGGUGAAUGAGAUUUCCUGGAACAACGACAACGACAUGUUCUUCCUCACCAACGGAAAUGGAUGCAUCAACAUUCUGAGUUACCCGGAGCUGAAGCCCAUUCAGUCCAUUAACGCUCACCCAUCAAACUGCAUCUGUAUCAAGUUUGACCCCACAGGAAAGUACUUUGCUAUAGGAAGCGCAGACGCACUGGUCAGUCUGUGGAACUUAGAGGAGCUGGUGUGUGUCCGCUGUUUCUCUAGACUAGACUGGCCAGUAAGGACUCUAAGCUUUAGUCAUGAUGGGAAGAUGUUGGCUUCAGCCUCUGAGGAUCAUUUCAUUGACAUUGCUGAAGUGGAGACAGGAGAAAAACUUUGGGAGGUCCAAUGCGACUCUCCUACCUUCACUGUUGCUUGGCACCCAAAGAGGCCGCUACUGGCCUACGCCUGUGAUGACAAAGAUGGAAAAUAUGACAACAACCGUGAGGCGGGCACUGUCAAACUCUUCGGUCUCCCCAACGACUCCUGAGUACAACAGUCUUAGAAUUUGACGGGUUUUUCUCUCGUUAGCAAAAUACAUGUAAAACGAUUCAGCUGCAAUGACCAUUUUCCACCAGCAGAGGGUACACUAUCCUUCUAGUUCAACACUUGGAUCCUAUUCCCCAGUACAAGUAUUCCGUACACUGUAAUAUAUUGUUUUUGUAAUGUAAAAUAAGCCUUGUUUGAUAUUAAAAGUUCCUUUGCUA